AUGGCCGCGUACUGCCUGGGCUUGGCGGGCGCCGCUUCAGCACCAGCGGAGCUGGACAGCGCCUGCUGCAUGGAGCUGCAGGGGGCCGCGGGAGCAGGAGCCGCCCGGAGCCCCGCAGCCGCCGCGGCCGCCUUAGCUCCGCUCCAGGGCGGCCCGGGGGAGCUGGAGCUGGCGCUGGAGGAGGAGCUGGCUCUCCUGGCCGCCGCCGGGGAGCAACGGCAGCAGCAGCAAGCCGGAGAGCAGGACGCGGGGCCUGCCCCGGCCGGGCAGCAGCCCGAGCUGCUCUCGCUGAUCAGGCAGAAGGAGAAGGACUUGGUGCUGGCCGCCCGGCUCGGGAAGGCGCUGCUGGAGAGGAACCAGGACAUCAGCCGGCAGUACGAGCGGAUGCACCAGGAGCUCACCGACAAGCUGGAGCAUCUAGAGCAAGAGAAACACGAAUUAAGGCGACGGUUUGAGAACAGAGAAGGGGAAUGGGAAGGAAGGGUGUCUGAGUUGGAGAGCGAUGUGAAACAGCUACAGGAUGAGUUGGAGAAGCAGCAGGUUCACCUUCGUGAAGCAGAUCGAGAGAAAACACGAGCCGUCCAGGAAUUAUCUGAACAGAACCAAAGACUCUUGGAUCAGCUCAGCAAGGCAUCAGAGGUGGAGAGACAACUCUCAAUGCAGGUCCAUACCCUUCGAGAGGACUUCCGGGAGAAGAACUCAUCAACCAGUCAACAUAUAGUACGACUCGAAAGUCUCCAGGCUGAGCAGGUCCUUGAAAUUAAGAUGCUUACAGAUAGGAAGCGGGAGCUGGAGUGUCGCCUUAGUGCCAUGAUGGAGGAAAACGAUCUGCUUCAGGGAACCGUGGAGGAACUGCAGGAGCGAGUGCUGGUCCUGGAAAGACAAAGCCAUGAUAAGGAUCUGCAGCUGCAUCAAAGUCAGCUGGAGCUCCAGGAGGUUCGGCUGUCCUGUCGGCAGCUCCAGGGAAAGGUAGAAGAGCUUAGCGAGGAGAGAAGUCUCCAAAGUUUCAACACAACCAGCACAUCCCUGCUAUCUGAGAUUGAGCAGAGCAUGGAGGCAGAAGAACUGGAACAAGAGAGAGAGCAGCUGAGACUGCAGCUCUGGGAGGCCUAUUGCCAAGUCAGAUAUCUCUGCUCUCAUCUCAGAGGAAAUGACAGCGCAGACUCUGCAGUCUCCACAGACUCCUCCAUGGAUGAGUCUUCAGAAACCUCAUCAGCCAAAGAUGUCCCCGCUGGCAGUCUACGUGCCGGUCUCAAUGAGCUGAAGAGGUUGAUACAAAGUGUUCUAGAUGGCACGGACUCCCCGAGUUCUCGGAGAAGUGAUGAUGAUGCCUUAGAAGAACAGAUCAGGCAAACAAGUGAGGACUCAAGGGCCCUGAGGGAGUUAAUGGAGGGAGAAAGAGGGAAACUGAGGCAGAGCCUGGAGGAACUGCAGAGACUUCACAGCCAGGUGACGCUGCUGAGUGUGGAGAUGACUGCGCUGAAAGAAGAAAGGGACAGGCUCCGAGGGUCAGCUGAAGAUAAGGAGACAAAUGAACAGCUUCUGAAGGCCAUCAGGGAUCGAGAUGAGGCCAUUGCCAAGAAGAAUGCCGUGGAAAUGGAACUAGCCAAGUGCAAGAUCGACAUGAUGUCUCUGAACAGUCAGCUGCUGGAUGCUAUUCAACAGAAACUGAACCUCUCACAGCAGCUUGAGGCAUGGCAGGACGACAUGCACAGGGUCAUUGACCAGCAGCUGAUGGACAAACAUCUGAAGGAAUGGAGCCAGCCUGCUUAUUCCUUCUCCAAUGGCUACAGAGCAAAGCGGUCUGCAAGACCCUCCCCCGUGUUCAGGCCGGAGCAGCAGGGGGAUGAGCCCAUUGGGGCAGAAAGGAACCGUCUCUUUUCCUUUUUCAAGAAAAAUUAAUGUGAAAGGAGAAAUCUUUCCAAUGAUUCCUGCUUAGAGCUGAGAAGCUGGGGGCAACUGUCCAGCUUCCUAAUGGACCCGAAUCUGAUCCAAAAGGAAAAACCCAAAGGGUGAAGGAGUUAACCCUUGAGACUGCACUAUUUACAAUCCACCUGGUCUGAACAAAAAGUUUACAUGAACUGGAGAUUUGCAGUUUGACAAUGUGAUACCAACUGAGAGCAACUUUUCUUAUUCCUUAAGCAAAGUGAUAAACUUCAGGGUACGUUUUAGGCGCUUUGACACAGGCCACUCAGUUUCUGCUAUGAAGAAUAAUCCAAUUGUCUUAAACUCAUUCUCUCAUGCUGGAGAAGGAAAUAAGCAACCCCAGGACAAGGCAAUACAGGGGACUGACUACUAGUGUCACAGUAAGAGUAGGGGUAAGUUGUGGCCUUCAUACAACCUCCAGUCCUGGCAGCUGGGCUGUCCUGCAGAUCACACAGGCUGUAGUUGCACUGGUCCUGGGAACGUAACAUGUUUACAUGGCUGUAGCUUACUCUGUGGGGGAAGUCCUUAUUGUCCUCUGCUUACGACUGGAAGUCUUUGUUCCCCCGGUGCUCUCCAUAGCUACUCAUACCGCAUCAGGAAUCCAGAUCCCUUCCAGCUCAGUACCGUUAUAAAUCUGCUAAUGCUAGGAGGUGAAUAUAGGUCCCCGUUGGUCAGUUUCAGACCCCGGAAUAUUGAGGAUUUGAUCCUCGGGGAGCCUGAGCACAACAACUCAACUUGCAGGGAAUGGGAGUUGUGAAUGUUCAGUGCUCCUCAGGUACCGACUCUUCCCUUCGCCUAGCUGUGGAAGUUCAGUGUAGCUCAGCCUUAGGGCCAAAGGCCUUGUGCAUCUUCCUCGUGAAAUCAAUAGCCAAAAAUCUAAGUCGCUUCAAUGGGACUAAGGACUGGGCUCCGAUGACCUGCCAUCUCGAAGUCCUGAGCACCUAAAACGGAUGGAUUUUAAUAGAAAUGGGUUGUUGUGUGUCUGAAAAUCAGGUCCUAGGUGUAGCUCUUCCACUGCUCAGCAUUGCUGCAGUAGCUUUAGUUAUAGGGCUGAUCUUCAGGGCCAACCCAUAGCUCCUGUGUAUAUGUUUUCUGCUACUCAGGCCUUGAUGGUAGAAGGUCGGAUCCCCUUAUGCUCAGUGUGGUGGUAGACCCCUCCCCUUGGGGUGAGGAGUAUGGACAUGCUGCUGCUCUACAUAUACGCACACACUUUGGUGCUAGAAGUCCUGCAGUACGUAUGAGAUUAUUAGUAGGGUUGGUACCUUCUGCAGGCCAUAUUACUACCACUUAGAGCUCUUCCUUUACAACUACUUUACCACCAAUAAAAUAAGCAUUUCCCCUUUAGAGAAAGCGGCCGCUGGCAUGUUUAAGCAACAGCCUGUUCUAGAAGGGUUUUAUGCUGCUGUCACCUUUUCAUUUCCCAACUGCCAGUCUCCUACAGUCCUCUCCAAGCUGCAUACCCAGCACAUGUGUGGGUGAGGAGGGGAAACCUAUAGCCAUGAUGUAGUGUAUAUAUGCCAUCCUAAGGAAAGGGGCUUAAGUUAUGCAAUGAAGAUGCAGUGAUAAGAAAGGUGCCUUUUGUUGCAUGUUUGCUGGGAGAGUGGACGUGAGUCACAGCUGUGUAGGCCAGUAAUUGAAAUUCACAAGUCUCUUCAUUUAAGGAAGGAGCAAGUCCUUAAACUCUUUGCAAUAUCUUUUUCAGGGGGAAGGUUGAUAGCUGUUGGGAAAGGAAAGCAAGCGUAUUUCGAGCUGACAGUUGGGAUAUAGUUCUCUUGGACUUAAAGUGCAACUCCAUCUGGGCAUGGGAGCUAUUCAGCCCACAAAAUGUGCAGAACAGAGCUUGUGAACCAGGGACCAGGUCAGAGGAAACUGUCCUUGUGCUGAGCUGCUGUUGCUCAACUGCAACAAAACUACCUUAACACCAGAUACAUAAAGCAGUGUCUCAGGACAAUCUCGCAGCAAGACGUUCCCAAAAUGUCACGUCGUUAAUGCUGUGCUUUAAGUGUCCUAAAUGUUUAGUCGUCCCUUAAACCAGUAGUGGGAAACCUGCGGCCCGUGGGCGGUCUGUCAGGGUAAUCCACUGGCGGUCCGCGAGACAGUUUGUUUACAUUGACCGUC